GACCCAAAACACCCGCCCCCCAUUUUUUUUUAACGUUCUUUAUUAUACAAAAAAUUCCAAAACAUCUCCUUAGCCACAGAGCACAGUGACACUAUUAGCAUUAGUGAUUAUACUCAAAAGUGGAAGGACUUUUCUUUUAGUUUGCUCCAGAAACACUAACAUGGCUGCGUCACCAGCAGUCACAACACUAUGUGAGAAUUCAAAUGAAGUCUUUCUAGACGUCGCCAAGUUGUUACUCACCUACGCGGACAAUAUUUUAAGGAAUCCCAAUGAAGAAAAGUACAGAUCGAUCCGUAUAGGCAAUCCCACUUUUUCCACUAGGCUGCUGCCCAUCAAAGGUGCUGUGGAAUGCCUCUUUGAGAUGGGAUUUGAGGAGGCUGAAACCCACCUGGUUUUUCCCAAGUCUGCAUCAGUGGAACAGCUAAGACUCAUCAGGGAAUCCAUAGCAACAGAAAGGGAUCAGCGACUACGCGGUGGGCAGCCUGUCCAACCUACUGCUCAGGCUCUUGUGGCCUCUGCCCCAGCUUCAGCUCCAGAAAGCUCUGCUGCUUCCAGCCAGCCAGUUACAUCACCUCCACCACAACCGUCAUCCUUGGAGAGCAGCAUGAGCUUCUUUGUGACUCUCCAGUCGAACUUCCAACACGUGAUGAUGUAUGAAAGCCCCGAGCUGCAGCAGAAAGCCAGGAGCCACAUCCCUCACCAGCAGCUCUUCUCUGCUGCUGAACAGAAGCUGAAGGAGGCUACAGAGGUCGACUCAGAAUGUAAACUUGGAAAGGAGGUCUUCCUGGUGCUGGAGUUGCUUAGAUGGUUCAAGCAGGACUUCUUCUCCUGGGUCGACUGUCUGCCCUGCAGCCGCUGUGGAGGCCAGACCCAGAAUGCUGGCUCCCUCAGUCCCAGCACCGACGACCUCCGCUGGGGAGCCCAGCGAGUGGAGAACCAUCACUGUCAGAGCUGCCAGCUCUCCACCAGAUUCCCCAGGUACAACAAUCCUGAAAAGUUGCUGGAAACCAGGAGGGGGCGCUGUGGGGAGUGGGCCAACUGUUUCACCCUGUGCUGCAGAGCCCUCGGCCUUGAGGCCAGGUACAUCUGGGAUAGCACAGACCACGUGUGGACAGAGAUUUACUCAGCUUCUCAGCGUCGUUGGCUGCACUGUGACUCCUGUGAGAACGUCUGUGAUAAACCUUUGAUGUAUGAAGCUGGCUGGGGGAAGAAACUGGCCUACGUUCUCGCUUUCUCUAAGGACCAGGUAGUUGAUGUGACGUGGAGAUAUUCCUGCAAACAUCCAGAGGUUUUGUCGAGAAGGACCAGGGUUCAGGAGGCCUGGUUGCUGCAUACCAUUAAUGGGCUCAAUGCAUCUAGGCAGCAGUCCCUGACUCCAGACAGGAAGAAGGAGCUGACGGAGCGGCUGCUUGUUGAGCUGGUAGAGUUCAUUUCCCCAAAGAAACCAAAACCAGGCGAGCUGGGAGGACGCAGCUCUGGCUCUCUGGCCUGGAGGAUAGCAAGGGGGGAGACCAGAGGGGCUGAUACAGGGACCUCCACACAGGCUCCAGGUUAUGUGUUUACUCCCACUGAGAAAGAGAAGAGUGACGGAUUACUGCAUGUGCGCUACAGUGCCACCAAAGACCAAUACUGUCGAGUGUCCAACAACUCUGAGGUUAUUCAGAGCUGGGAUCAUUGUGUGUGGAGGAAGGAGUCAGUCUUCAGGAAGGUGGAAAGUGACUGGCAGAUGGUGUACCUUGCUCGAACAGAAGGCUCCUCUAUGGGAAGAAUCAGCUGGAAGUUUGACUUUGCUCCAGCAGGAAUGACAAUAAAGUCUAUCACCAUCAUGGCCAAUAGCCAGACCUUCCACUCGGGAAAAGUCUGUUGGCAGUUGCAGGCAGGCCAGAUUACUACAGAGUUUUCUGCAGAUGGGAAGAUGCAGUCUAUCCAGACUCUAGAUGGCUCCUCAGAGUUCAUGGUUGAAGCAGAACUCAGUGGUGGGGAAGGGGAGUCAUCAUGGCAGCACUCUCAGCUCUUCAGACAGAGCUUGAAGGAGACGGAGGAGUCUUCGUUUGAUAUCCUCAUCCACCUACAAGAUGCUUAACAGUUGUUUUAUUCAUCAAGAUUGGACCCUUAAUUCUUUUUCACUGUUGAGUGCUCUGACAAGUUCAGGGAUAAUUGUUUGGAUGAUAGUUUUUGUUCUAAAGUUAAUGUUUGAUGACAAACCAGUGCAAUAUUUAAAUUUGUGUCAGUCCUCUGGAAUGGUUAAAUAUGCAUGGUCUAGUGAUAGAUGAAUGAAGACAUGAAUUUUGUACCAAUUACAGAUGUUGUCACACAUUUUAAACUUUUGAUUUGACUAAGAGCCAGAUAACACAUAACAUUACAAUAUACCUGUAAAGCGUUUUAACAUAAAGCUGUAGAGUUUUUGUAAUAUUUGCCUCCACUGUCACACAGAAGACCAGGGCUGCCAGCUCAGGUUGCUCCAGUUGUCAUGCUACUAUUAAACAGUAAUUUUUUGGUGAGUGUGUUAUUUAAUACUGGGUUACUGGACAGAACAAAUAAAUGUUAGUAUUGGUGUAUGGAAAGGGCUGAAUGUUAGUAAAUGUAUGGUGUAAUAAAGAUAUUUUUUGCAGUCUUGUA